GCAGGAGUCAAAAAUCUCUCUCCUGUUUGAAUAUUCUGAACAUUCAAGAGACAGAAAAACUUCAGCCUGAAUUCGAAACACUUUCAAUUUGAAGACAUGGAUUCAAUUUUUACUAAAAUUAUAACUAAUGAUGUUAAAGGAUUGAAAACUUUGAUAGAGGAGAAGCCAGGCCAAAUUAACAAACGUGAUGAAUGUGGAGUAACUCCUCUAAUAGAAGCUAGUUACUAUGGCAAGGCAAGAAUAAUCGAGAUGUUGAUUGAUGCUGGUGCGGAUGUAGGAGCAAGAGACCACGUGGGUUGUACAGCUUUACAUUGGGCUGUGGAUGGGGAUCGACUUCAAGCUGUGGAGAUCUUACUAUCUCGGGGCAGCGAUGUUAAUGCACAGUCUAAUGAUGGUCAAACACCGCUGCACUGGGCCUGUUUUUGGGGACACUUGCACACAGUCGAGCUGUUGUUGGGUCACAAUGGCAUUGAUGCCAAUGCGGUGGACAACGAUGGAGACACACCAAUCUAUGUGGCAGUUCGGGGGCGAAGGUAUGAUGUGGUGUCUGUGAUGCUGAACCAGCGUUCAGUUCAGUUGGAUAUUCAGAACAAAAAGAAAAGGACACCAUUGCUUGAAGCCAUUUCCCAGGGUCACCUCGGAAUGACACACAAGCUAAUAGCCAUAGGUGCAAACAUAAAUGCUGUUGAUGGUGAUGGUAACAGCUGUUUGCACCUUGCCGUGAAAACAGAAGUGUUUAAUUCCGAGGAUGCACCCAUGGAUUUACUAAACGAAUGCUGCACCGCCCUCACCCUGAAAAAUGAGGAAAUGCUCUCUGGUAUAGUGGUUGCGAGAUAUCUCGCAAGCCAGGGAGCUGACUUUCACCAUAAAAACAACAAAAAUAACACACCAUUAGACCUCAUUAAGGACCCAAAUUUGAGAGAAAAAUUAGAAACAUUUUUACCACCACAAUGUUUGUGGUGCAGAAAUAAAGCGGCCACAACAAAGGUCCAUCCAUGUGGACACCUUGUAAUAUGUAAGGGAUGUUCAAACGUUCCCCUUCAACAAUGCCUGAAGUGUUUAAAACCUGUAAUAAGCAGAGGUCGAGUUGAGGCUCCAAAGUUUGAGGACAGGUGUGUACAAACGGAGGCUACAUGUCAGGAAUUAGGGGCUGCAUCUCAGGCAAUUGAGAAUCGAACAUUCAAAGACAAGGAAACACAGACACAGGAAGAACCAGUUGUGCGUCCAAAGUUUGAAGACAGGGCAUCCCAUACAGAGGCUCAGCCAUUUGAGUCUCCAGUGUUAGAUGAAAAGUUUCUCCAAGAUGUCGCACAAAAUUUCGGAGGAAAAUGGCAGCAAGUCGGAAGAGAAUUAGGAAUUAAAUCUGUUCAAUUGGAAUUCAUCAGAUAUGACUAUCCUUAUAACACCGUUGAACAGAGCUUCCAGAUGCUGCGGAGAUGGUUUACAACUUGUGAUCCAGAGACACGGACACACAGAACACUCAGAAAAGCUCUUGACAAAUUUGAGUGUUUUGAUGCACUCAAAUGCCUACCUCAGACGAUGUAAAAUUUUGUGUAAAUGAUGUAAUUGUCUGAUCUGAGGUUAAUCGUGACCAAACAGAGACCUAAAAUCAAAUGUCUUCUAGCCAGAGCCCUCCUGGCUUUAUCCUCAAUGUAGAGAACCCAGAACCACGUUAUCCUAUCUGUCCUUCUUUAAAGUGGUAAUUGUGAAUGGAGGAGGAUUUAGGUACUAAUUCUAGCAGAUCUAUCUAUCACAUAACAUUACCUUACUGGUUUGGCUCCUUUCUUCUUAAAGA